CCACUAAAAUUGAUCAACACUGCAAAGUACAUUUGAUAUUUUACAGCACUAAGCAACAGCUGUUUUUCAUUGACUACAAAUAAAAAUCGUGCGGAAAAUUAAGCAUUUUCGGCUAAAAGUCAAUUCCAAACAUGGCCAAGAUUAUUAAGGCGUCCACAGGUUUAACCGGACUCGCCGUGUCCUCCAAUCCUCACCAUACACUGAGUGCCCUUUACGGAAAGAUCCUGCGGGCGGUGUCCAAGAUGCCACAGGAUGCCAGCUACCGGAAAUACACGGAGCAAUUGGUCAAACAACGCGCCGAUGCAGUGGCCCAAAACAAAGACAUCGUUGCCCUGGAGAAGGCCGUUGGCUGUGGUCAAGUGGAGGAGCUGAUUGUCCAGGCCGAGAACGAGUUGGUGCUGGCCCGCAAAAUGCUCGGCUGGAAGCCCUGGGAGAAGUUGGUCCAAACCGCACCUGCCAAGCAGUGGGACUGGCCGCCCGCCCAGAUCCUGGAGCCCAAAGUUUAGGCUCAAGCCUCAAGCUUUACACAUAGUACUAAUUAUUCUACAGCGAAUGGAAAUGAGAAGAGAGCAAUAAAGGCGUUGAUGAGCUGGUAGCAUUAUCAACAAACAAAA